GUUUCACUUUCCCCCCAUCCAGAGUCUCAUUCGUCAUUUCCCGGAAUCUCAUUCUAGACGAAACACAAGAAAGAAAUGUCGACUCCGCGUUCUAUCUCUAUCGACCUAGAAGUUUUCUUAUUCACUGAUCCAACCUUUUAGAUCUGUUUCUCAUUUUUUUUUUCCGGAACUCAAAAAUUAGGGUUCCGGAACUUAUCUUUCGUCAGGGUUUUGAAAUUAUGGCGAGAGCAGUUAGUAACUGGGAGAGAUUAGUAAGAACAACACUGCAAAGAGAACAACUAAGGAGUAGUGGGCAAGGUCAUGAAAGAAAAUCUAGUGGUAUUGCUGGUGCUGUACCAGCUUCACUUAAAGGUGGUGAUGGUGGUGGGAAUAAUAUUGAUUUGAUUUUACUAGCUGCUGAUGAGAUUCAAGCUGAAGAUCCAAAUAUCUCUAGGAUCAUGUGCGAACAAGCAUAUUCAAUGGCACAGGGUCUGGAUCCCAACAGUGAUGGCCGAGGUGUACUCCAGUUCAAGACUGGUUUAAUGUCUGUCAUUAAGCAAAAACUUGCCAAGAGAGAUGGGGCAAGAAUUGAUCGCAACCGUGAUAUUGAGCGCCUAUGGGAAUUUUACCAGCUCUAUAAGAGGAGGCACAGGGUGGAUGAUAUCCAGAGAGAAGAACAGAAAUGGAGGGAAUCUGGAACGUUUAGUGCCACACUGGGAGAGUUGGAGAGUAGAUCACUGGAAAUGAAACGGAUAUUCACCACCCUGAGAGCUUUAAUUGUUGUUAUGGAGGCACUGCGCAAAGAUGCAGAUCCUGAUGGUGUGGGUAGAAGAAUUACGGAAGAGUUGCGUAGAAUCAAGAAAUCAGAUGGAACAUUGACGGGAGAACUUAUUCCGUAUAAUAUAGUGCCCUUGGAUGCACCAUCCUUGACCAAUGCUAUUGGGAUGUUCCCAGAAGUUAAAGCUGCAAUGUCUGCAAUAAGAUACUCUGAAUUCUUUCCUAGGCUGCCUGCUGAAUUUGAGGUUUCUGGGAUGCGAAGUCUUGAUAUGUUUGAUCUCUUGGAAUAUGUGUUCGGUUUCCAGAAAGACAAUAUCAAGAACCAGCGCGAGAACGUAAUUCUUUCUGUUGCAAAUGCACAGACUCGUCUUGGCCUACCUGUUGACGCUGAUCCAAUAGACGAGAAAGCUGUUACUGAGGUUUUCUUGAAAGUACUUGAUAAUUACAUCAGAUGGUGCAAAUAUCUGCACAUACGCCUUGUUUGGAACAGUUUAGAAGCGAUAAACAAGGACAGGAAACUCUUUUUAGUUUCUUUAUACUUCUGCAUUUGGGGGGAGGCUGCAAAUGUCCGCUUUCUUCCAGAAUGUAUUUGUUAUAUAUUCCACCAUAUGGCAAAAGAGCUGGAUGCAAUAUUGGACCAUGGCGAAGCACAACCAGCUGUUAGCUGUACUGGUGAUAAUGGUUCCGUGUCUUACCUUGAACAAGUCAUUUGUCCCAUUUAUAAGACCAUGUCUAAGGAAACUGAUAUCCUUAAUACUGGAAAAGCCGCACACUCAGACUGGAGGAACUAUGAUGACUUCAAUGAGUAUUUCUGGUCACCUACUUGCUUUGAGUUAAAUUGGCCAAUGAAGGAGGGCAGUUCAUUUCUGUUCUCCCCUAAAGGGCGGAAAAGGACAGCUAAAAGCAGUUUUGUGGAGCACCGGACAUUUCUUCACCUGUAUCGAAGUUUCCAUCGACUUUGGAUUUUCUUGGUCUUAAUGUUUCAGGGUUUGACAAUUAUAGCUUUCAAUGACGGAAGAAUUGACCUCGAUACUUUCAAGCAAGUACUCAGUAUUGGACCAACAUUUGCUGUCAUGUGCUUCAUAGAGAGUGCUCUUGAUGUCCUGCUUACAUUUGGGGCAUAUACAACAGCGAGGGGAAUGGCGAUCUCGAGGCUUUUCAUUCGCUUUUUUUGGUUUGGCAGCAGUUCAGCAGCUAUAACAUAUAUCUAUCUGAUGGUUCUUCAGGAGAGGAAUGACCAGAACUCAAAUUCAUUCUAUUUCCGGAUUUAUAUUCUUAUUUUGGGUGUUUAUGCUGGUUUGCGAGUAUUUCUUGCAUUGUUGCUUAAGUUUCCGGCUUGUCACAGUUUGUCAGAAAUGACUGAUCAGUCCUUCUUUCAAUUCUUCAAGUGGAUUUAUGAGGAACGAUAUUUUGUGGGUCGUGGCCUGUUUGAGAGAAUGAGUGAUUAUUUGAGAUACGUGUGCUUCUGGUUGGUCAUCUUUGCAUGCAAAUUUAUAUUUGCCUACUUUCUUCAGAUACAACCCCUAGUCAAGCCUACAAAUGUGAUCGUAGGCAUGCGGAAUUUAAAAUACUCGUGGCAUGAUUUCGUCUCAAAGAACAACAGUAAUGCCCUGACGGUUCUCAGCGUAUGGGCUCCUGUUGUGGCUAUUUAUAUUAUGGACAUUCACAUUUGGUACACUCUUUUAUCUGCUCUUAUUGGUGGUCUGAUGGGUGCUCGUGCACGCUUAGGGGAGAUACGGACAAUUGAAAUGCUGCACAAACGUUUUGAAAGUUUCCCAUCAGCCUUCGUAAAGAAUCUCGUGUCGUCACAGACAAAAAGGAUGCCUAUUGAGGGACAACCUCAGGAUACCGAGGAGAUGAAUAAGGCUUAUGCAUCUAUAUUCUCUCCUUUCUGGAAUGAGAUCAUCAAAAGCUUGCGUGAAGAAGAUUAUAUUAGUAACCGGGAGAUGGACUUGCUCUGCAUUCCUAGCAAUUCUGGAAGUCUUAGAUUAAUUCAGUGGCCCUUGUUUCUUCUAAGCAGUAAGAUCUUGCUAGCUAUGGAUUUAGCUUUGGAUUGCAAGGACACACAAAAAGAGCUCUGGGCCAGAAUAUCUAGGGAUGAGUAUAUGGCAGAUGCUGUUCGGGAAUGUUACUACAGCAUCGAAAAGAUUUUGCACUCCCUAGUAGACAGUGAAGGAAGACUUUGGGUUGAGAGGAUUUUCCGUGAGAUCAAUGACAGCAUAUCAAAUGGAUCACUCCUUGUAACCUUAAAUAUUAAGAAGCUUUCCCUGGUGUUGUCAAGGUUUACUGCAUUGACCGGGCUCCUGACACGGGAUCCGACUCCUGAACUUGCAAGAGGCGCAGCCAAAGCUGUGUAUGAUCUGUAUGAGGUUGUUACACAUGAUCUGCUCUCAUCUGAUUUAAGGGAGCAGCUUGAUACGUGGAACAUUCUAGCGAAAGCUAGAAAUGAAGGCCGUUUAUUUUCUAGAAUACAAUGGCCCAACAAUCCAGAAAUUAAGGAGCAGGUGAAACGGUUACACCUAUUUCUCACUGUAAAGGAUUCAGCAGCCAACGUUCCAAAAAAUCUCGAGGCACGGAGAAGAUUAGAAUUUUUCACGAAUUCAUUAUUCAUGGACAUGCCUGCGGCAAAGCCUGUUUCAGAAAUGAUUCCGUUUAGUGUGUUCACCCCAUACUAUAGUGAGACUGUGCUUUAUAGCUCUUCUGAGUUACGGGCUGAAAAUGAGGAUGGGAUUUCUACUCUUUUCUACCUUCAGAAGAUAUUUCCAGACGAGUGGGAAAACUUUUUGGAGCGAAUUGGUCGGGGUGAAUCAACGGGAGAUGCUGAACUUCAGGCCAGCGCUAGUGAUAACUUGGAGCUUCGGUUUUGGGUAUCUUAUCGUGGCCAGACUUUAGCUAGGACAGUACGUGGUAUGAUGUACUAUAGAAGGGCCCUAAUGCUACAAAGCUAUCUAGAAAGGAGAAGAAUUGAAGAUAUUGGUAAUUCAAGUUCCCGGUUCCCUACAACCCAAGGAUUUGAACUAUCUCGUGAAGCUCGGGCCCAGGCAGAUCUGAAAUUUACAUAUGUGGUUUCGUGCCAAAUAUAUGGGCAACAGAAACAGAAGAAAUCUCCUGAGGCAGCUGAUAUCGCACUUCUACUACAGAGGAAUGAAGCCCUUCGAGUUGCUUUCAUACACGUGGAAGAGAAUUGUACAACUGGUGGAAAUAUCACGAAGGAAUAUUAUUCAAAGCUGGUUAAAGCUGAUCUAAAUGGGAAGGAUCAGGAGAUAUAUUCAAUUAAGCUGCCUGGAGAUCCGAAGCUUGGAGAAGGGAAACCUGAAAACCAAAACCAUGCUAUAAUCUUCACUCGCGGAGAAGCUAUUCAAACUAUCGACAUGAAUCAGGAUAACUACCUUGAGGAGGCUAUGAAAAUGAGGAAUCUUCUCGAGGAAUUCAAAGGAAAUCAUGGUCUUCGACCUCCAACUAUUCUCGGGGUUAGAGAGCACGUAUUUACUGGAAGUGUUUCUUCAUUAGCCUGGUUUAUGUCUAACCAAGAAACUAGCUUUGUCACCUUGGGUCAACGUGUUCUUGCAUAUCCUCUCAAGGUCCGCAUGCAUUAUGGUCAUCCUGAUGUGUUUGAUAGGAUAUUUCAUAUAUCGCGAGGUGGAAUUAGUAAAGCAUCACGCGUUAUCAAUAUCAGUGAGGAUAUUUUUGCAGGUUUUAAUUCCACCCUACGGCAGGGUAAUAUCACACACCACGAAUACAUUCAGGUUGGGAAAGGAAGAGAUGUUGGUCUGAAUCAAAUUGCCUUGUUUGAGGGUAAAGUGGCAGGUGGAAAUGGUGAGCAGGUCUUAAGCAGAGACGUGUACCGGAUAGGCCAACUGUUCGACUUCUUUAGAAUGUUAUCUUUCUAUUUUACGACAGUGGGUUUCUAUGUGUGCACCAUGAUGACUGUUCUUACUGUAUAUGUUUUCUUAUACGGAAGGGCAUACCUUGCUUUCUCCGGACUUGAUAGUGGGAUUUCACGUCAAGCAAAGAUGUCAGGCAACAUAUCACUGACUGCUGCCUUAAAUGCGCAAUUUUUGGUCCAGAUUGGAAUUUUCACUGCAGUCCCAAUGAUAAUGGGCUUUAUACUUGAGUUGGGAUUGCUGAAGGCUAUAUUCAGUUUCAUUACAAUGCAACUCCAGUUGUGUUCAGUAUUCUUCACAUUCUCGCUUGGGACUAGAACUCAUUAUUUUGGUCGCACGAUCCUUCACGGCGGUGCAAAAUACAAAGCAACUGGUAGGGGGUUUGUUGUCAAGCAUAUCAAGUUUGCGGAGAAUUACAGGCUUUAUUCAAGAAGUCAUUUUGUCAAGGCGCUUGAAGUAGCACUACUCCUUAUUGUUUUUAUAGCUUAUGGUUAUUCAGACGGUGGUGCUAUUUCCUAUGUUCUAAUAACAAUUAGUAGUUGGUUCCUGGUUCUCUCAUGGCUCUUCGCUCCUUAUAUCUUUAAUCCCUCCGGAUUCGAGUGGCAGAAAACUGUGGAGGACUUCGAUGAUUGGACUAGUUGGCUUCUGUAUAAAGGUGGAGUUGGAGUGAAGGGAGAGAACAGCUGGGAAUCUUGGUGGGAAGAAGAACAGAGUCAUAUUAAAACACUGAGAGGACGUAUCUUGGAGACAAUCUUGAGUUUGAGAUUUUUUCUCUUCCAGUAUGGCAUUGUUUAUAAACUUCAUCUCACUGGAAAGGAUACUUCAAUUGCGAUCUAUGGAUUCUCAUGGGUAGUACUGGUCGGAGUUGUCAUUGUAUUCAAGAUAUUCACCUUCAGUGCAAAAAAGUCUAUCAACUUCCAGCUGUUGCUGCGAUUCAUACAGGGAAUCACUGCCAUUGGGCUUAUUGCCGCACUCUCAUUAGUUGUGUAUUUCACCGACUUGUCAAUAGCAGAUUUAUUUGCUAGUAUCUUGGCAUUUAUUCCUACCGGUUGGGGCAUUCUUUCUCUUGGCAUCACAUGGAAAUGGAUCAUCAAGUAUCUGGGGUUGUGGGAUUCAGUCCGUGAGUUUGCUCGACUAUAUGAUGCUGGAAUGGGACUGGUUAUAUUUACACCAGUUGUAGUUAUGUCAUGGUUCCCAUUCAUCUCCACCUUCCAGUCUCGGCUUCUCUUUAACCAAGCUUUUAGUCGUGGUCUUGAGAUCUCAAUCAUUCUUGCUGGAAACAAGGCCAAUGUUCAGGCCUAGUGCUUUGUGUCAAUUCCAGAAAUAUUGCUGUAUCAUUCAUGAUUCUCUACGUUUCAUGUAUAUAUAAACAUUCCCUCUUGUAACUUAGAUAGGACUGGUAGCGUUUAUGACAUGUAAAGAGAGAUUCCGAGGAAAGCCUGAUAACUGUUUGCACGUUGAGCUAGGAUUUUGUGCUCCCAUCUAAAACAGAUCUAACCACUUUACUUGGCCUCUGUAGACCUAACUUCAUUUUGUUGCUGGUUAA